GAGGCUGCAAUUUCACCGUGGGAAUAAAGAGUAUAAAGGGAUAUGCGCGUGUGUUUAAAAUCAGUAAUAUCGUUUUCUUUACAGGAAACGCAUUACCACGUUCGAAACUCAAUUCUUCCUUUUCCUUUGGCGAACAAGAGGGCGGUCCCGACUCUCCCAGCCGGAAGUUAACAAAAAAAAACUAGAGCAAGAUCUGCAAUCCCUCAGUUUAAAGGCGGAUUCCUCCUUAUUCAUGAGUGCGGAGAGCAGCUUCCUUUUUGCCGCUAUCCCAUCGCGGACGCUCUCCCCCUCCCUUGAAUAAAAUCUCUUAGUCUUUGGUGUUCCCCGACCUCUUCGCCGUAGUGUGUGUGUGUGCUUUUUUUUUCUAACGGGGGCGUCUGCAAUUUUUCUAUAUUUAUUUUAAAGCAUAAUAUGAGAAUUUUACGCAUCCCGAACCGCUCAGUGUUUGCUUUGUUAUUUCUCUUCUCCUUGUCAUCAUCAUUCCUCUACUUCAUAUAUGUAGCGCCCGGAUUAGUAAACACGUAUCUAUUUAUGAUGCAAGCCCAAGGCAUCAUGAUCAGAGAGAGUGUGAAAACAAUGGGAUCCCAAAUGUAUGAGCAGGUGGUUCGCGGCACUUAUGCCAAGAUGAACAGCAGCCUUAAUGGUACAGAUUAUCCAGAUGAUUUAAACCAUAGUGAAACUUAUCUACAAACAACAACGUUUCUUCCUGAAGAUUUUACCUACCAAGCAAACCUCAUGUGCCCUGAAAGACUUCCUUCUAUGAGGGGCCCAAUUGAUGUAAACAUGACUGAAAUUUCAUUGGAAAAGAUCCAGGAAUUAUAUGCUAAGGAUCCUUAUAUUCGGAUUGGUGGUCACUGGAAGCCAAGAGAUUGCAGGCCUCGUUGGAAGGUCGCAAUUUUGAUCCCAUUCCGCAAUCGUCAUGAGCAUCUUCCAAUCCUGUUGAGGCAUCUGAUUCCAAUGCUACAGCACCAACGCUUGCAGUUUGCUUUUUAUGUGAUUGAACAGGCUGGGUUCCACCCAUUUAACCGUGCAAUGCUGUUCAAUGUUGGAUUUAUGGAGGCUUUGAAAGACAUGGACUGGGAUUGUGUAAUUUUUCACGAUGUUGAUCACAUACCUGAAAAUGAUCGUAACUACUACGGUUGUGGCCAGAUGCCAAGGCACUUUGCAGCCAAGUUGGAUAAAUACAUGUACUUGCUUCCUUACGAUGAAUUUUUUGGUGGAGUAAGUGGACUAACAGUGGAACAGUUUAGAAAAAUCAAUGGAUUCCCAAAUGCGUUUUGGGGUUGGGGAGGUGAAGAUGAUGAUCUCUGGAAAAGGGUUCAGUUUGCUGGCCUUACUGUAACAAGACCAGGCGGUGAUUUGGGAAAAUACAAAUCUGUUCCUCACCACCAUAGAGGGGAAGUGCAGUUCUUGGGAAGAUAUGCUUUAUUGAGACAUUCUAAAGAGAGGCAACAGCUUGAUGGCCUGCAAAACUUGAAGUACUUUCCAAAUAUCACAGUUGAAGUCUUGUAUAAAAAUAUAACUGUAAACUUGACACCGGAGCUGGCUCCAGUGAGUGACUAUUAAGUUAUAAUAGGCAUAACAGGUUAGUGAGGAUUAGGGUUGCUUGCUCAGAGAAAAUUGAUGGACUUGUAAACCUGGUUUUUAAAAAAAAAAUCUGCAGUGAGACAACACAAAAGUUCCUUUGCGUAGUCUUGAGGAAUUGGCCAGCAGUUUGAUUUUACUCUCAACAGGUUGGGUAAUGGUCAAUGACUAUACAGGAGUGCUGGUGUCUAUGAUAGAAUCAGGCUUGAAAUUCAUUGUCAUGAACUUCAUCAGUGUAACCUCUUAAUCUCACUUUUCCAAUUGAAUAAUACAUCAUUGAUCAAGAAGGAAAAAAUACUGUCGAAUCCAUGCAGCAGCAUCGCGGCAAUGAAUCAAACUGAAUUCCAAGACUGCAGACCUACUUGGAAACUAUUGUAUUGUAUUUUGGCAUUGGAUGCCAACAGGAAUGAAGUGAGCAGUUUCCUUUCCAAUCACCUUGUGAUCAAAUACUAAAUUAGCUGAAAAACAUACCAUUACCAUUUUUUUUAUUCACUAGCAAUUGUUAAUGCACUUCUAGUGGACAAAGUUUUUGUAAAUAAGCUGUGAAUUGCCAGAUAUUUUUUUAUUUAUAGUCUAAUGAACCACAAGGUUUACAUGUUGAGAUCAACAAUUUAAGUCUGACACUGUUGUAUAUGUAAGGCACAGAACACACACUGAAUAUAAUCUCCUUUAAUUUUAAAUGUGAGGUGAUUUGAUUAGUAUGUGUUCCUGAAUAUAUGACUUGAGUGUUCUGUUUCAGCCCUCUUUACUGCUACACUCUCAUGCUGCUGAAAUUCAUAGAUCCUUCCUAGAAAAAAUGGCAUUUUUACACAUGCCUUAGUUAAACUGUGGUUGCUUGACUUUAUUCAACAUAACUGAUUAUAUUUGAAAUAUCAGCAUUUUCUUAAAAACAAAUGUGUGCCAAUGAUAUUGUAGCAUUUUGUUCUAUUAAUUCUUAUGUUACGACACUAGAAGUGUAGAAAACUAUUUUCCGUCUUUGUUAUGAAUUGAGUUUAUGGCAACGUCCAGCACUUGUGAAACUGCUGAGUUUGUGUUUCUUUAAUGUUCUACAUUGGGGGUUCAACUGCCUUCUCUAGUCCAUGGCGUUUAGCUGAUAAUUUCAGCUUAUCUGUCUGAAUUGGAGAGUUCCUUACCCCUACCAUGUUUGUGAACAUUAGUAAAAUGUCAACUUAUUGAUUAAGAUGCUAAAGCCCAUUGCCUGUUUAAAUUGUUAGCCGUUUUAAAAUGAAGCAUAAUUUAUGGUGUUAGAUGUUGUAGCUCACUGCAUCAGAGAACAGUAGGACAUGGAGCUACACGUAAGAUUCUGCAGUUUUUUUGCCAAUGAUAAAUGAAGUGUUUGGGAAAACAUGAUGAGCCCACCUAUGCAGCUUUAACAACUGCUGGAGGUCCAUCGUUAAACGUGCCAGGAGAAGAGAUGGGAAAAUAUUUUUUUUUAAAGAAGUGGGGUAUAUGUAUAUGUAUAUAUGUAUGUAUAUUUUUGUAUCAAUCUUUGGUUUACAUCUUUUAUGAGUCUAAGAUCCCAUCCACCAAUGAACGGCAGUGACAUGACACAGGCCCUGCUGUUUGCAGUGAGGAAUAACCCAAGUGAGUAGACAUUGAAGCUUUUGUUGCAAGGUCAUGAUCAGUCGGUAUGAGAGGACAUCUAGGGAUGAAAUUUCUCCUGUUCAUUUUUUUUUCUAGCCAAAUGGUUAGUGUGAACACAAAAUAGAAUUUCUAUUUUAUUUUCUGCUGAACCUUUUUUGCUUAAAAAAAAAUUCAGGACAAAGGAUUUCAUUGUCCUAGGCUUAUCUGUCCUUGAAAGGCUGCUAGCCUUAUUUAGUUUUUAUGUUUGCAUUUAAAACUGAUGUUUCACAAAGGAGGAAUAUUGCAUAUAUUAUCCUGAAGACCGAGUAUGAUGCAGUCAGAGUGUAUAGCAAUAAAGAAAAUGCUGAUUUGUUUCAUUUUCAGCUGUCGAUGGUGAACUGUAUUGCUAUUUCUGAAUCUGGUAUAUUACUGCAGAAAUAAAAUCGUAAUUGUAUUUUGUUUUGAUUUAUAGCUAUAUGUAACCAUAUGUUUUUCUCCACCUCUUUUUCCUUCAGUUCCAUUCCCACUCCCUCUCCAAAAUGGCUUUGAUGAAGCACUUAAAUAUGUACUAUUCAUGUUUUGGCGAUUUCUAUACAAUGAGUUUUGUGUAUUUGUAUAGAAGAGAAAAUUGUGAUGUGCAUGUUCUAACAUGAUAUAGAAAACAUUUUGAAAAAUGCCACAGCUUAAGAAUCGGAAAGCUGUUGUAAGGCAGCAUAAGCUCCAAAAUCAUCUUGGUAAAGGUACCUUUCAGUUUUAACUUGGUGUCAAUUUAAAAAAAUGCAAACCACAGAUUUUGCUUUUUGUAUAUACCUUAUAGUUUUUCGGUAUAUUUACUCAGUAAAACCCCUUGCCCAUUUCACAAACGUGUUCCAUGUUGUGGGAAUGAAGGAUAAUUCUGAUUUGGAUCGCUUUUUACCAUGUUGGUGCACAAGACCCACAAUAUGUUUGUAUAUGACCCAAACUGCAUGCAAAAAGAAAUUAGUAAAUAUACAAGAAUGUAGAAAUCUAUCAAACUUUCUAUAACACUGCAGGAAGAGGGGCAAAAGAGGCCUGACAAUAUAAGAUCUUUUUCUCAAAUGUUGGCAUGUAUUGUUUAUAGAAUAUGGUUCCUAUUUAAAUUUUUGUUGUAUGGUCUAGUUUUUGCAUGUUUCCAAGUAGAGCUGGACAGAUCAGCAAAGUUCUAGACCUGUGCACUGAAAAGCAUUAGAGUUCUCACCUCAAAGCCUUCUGUCCUAUCUUCACUCCUUUGCUCAUUUGUUAUACAUUUUUGUAUUAAUUUAUGGAUGAUUUUUUCAAUAAAAAGUGAAAGACACCAUGA